UUUUAUUCCGUCAACGUGUAACUUGUAACCUUUGCCGCUGGGCUAGAAGAACCAAGUCAAGAAAGUUCUCAGGAAGCUCCGACUUACACAUCCAACGCACAAAGCGAAUCUCGAACUCACUCACUCACUUAUGGCAUCCUCCGCUCUCAUCUCCGACACCCAGCCAUGGAAGGACCUCAAGGCACACGUGGAUGACGUAAAAAAAGCGCAUCUUCGCGAUCUAUUGAGCGACGAUAAGCGGUGCCAGUCCAUGCUCGUUGAAUUCGAUGACAUUCUGCUGGACUAUGCAAGGCAACAAGCCACUCCCGAAACUAUCCAGAAGCUAUUUGAGUUAGCGGAGGCUGCAUCGCUCAAAGAAAAGAUUAAUCGCAUGUACAGCGGGGAACAUAUAAAUAGCACAGAAAAUAGGUCAGUGCUUCAUGUCGCUCUUCAUGCUUCUAGAGAUGUUGUCAUUGAGAGUGAUGGGAAGAAUGUUGUCCCUGAAGUUUGGAAAGUUCUUGACAAGAUCCAGGAUUUCUCUGAGCGGGUUCGCAAUGGUUCUUGUUGGUGCUACAGGGAAGGCUUUGAAGGACGCUGUUGCAGUUGGUAUUGGGGGAAACUUCUUAGGUCCACUGUUUGUACACACUGCACUUCAAACAGGUUCUUAAGGGGGGCUUCAAGCAUUGAUCAACAUUUCUAUUCACAGCCAUUUGAAAGCAAUAUACCUGUGCUUCUGGGUUUGUUGAGCAUAUGGAAUGUUUCAUUUCUUGGAUAUCCUGCCAGAGCCAUCUUACCUUAUAGUCAAGCUCUGGAGAAGUUUGCCCCACACAUUCAACAGGCUAGCAUGGAGAGUAAUGGCAAGGGUGUUUCAAUUGAUGGUGUCCCUCUACCAUUUGAGGCUGGUGAAAUUGAUUUUGGUGAACCAGGAACUAAUGGGCAGCAUAGCUUUUAUCAGCUCAUACAUCAGGGGCGAGUAAUUCCUUGUGAUUUUAUUGGAGUUGUGAAAAGUCAGCAACCUGUCUUUCUAAAAGGUGAAGUGGUGAGUAACCAUGAUGAGCUAAUGUCCAACUAUUUUGCACAGUCAGAUGCCCUUGCAUAUGGGAAGACAGCAGAGCAGCUGCAAAAGGAAAAUGUUUCCCCGCACCUUAUUCCUCACAAGACAUUCAGUGGCAAUCGACCUUCUCUCAGCCUACUGCUUCCAUCAUUGAAUGCUUAUAAUAUUGGACAGUUGUUGGCAAUCUAUGAACACAGAAUUGCUGUAGAGGGUUUCAUUUGGGGAAUCAAUUCUUUUGAUCAGUGGGGAGUAGAGCUGGGGAAGUCGCUGGCUACUCAAGUCAGAAAGCAACUUAAUGCAUCUCGUACUAAAGGAGAACCAAUUCAAGGCUUUAAUUUCAGUACUACAACAAUGUUGACAAGAUAUCUUCAGGCAAGUUCAGAUGUCCCAGCGGAUCUGUCAACUGUUUUACCGAAGAUCUAAGCACCUUUUUGCAGAUUGUUAUUUUGAUGCUGAAUUAAUAAGAAAAUAAUCUGGUGAAUCUUGUAUAUGCUAUAUAUACAGCAUGACUACGACAUGUUUAUUAACUGGUUUAGCACGAUACUUGGUUAUCCUUUUCUCUUGCCGUUGAGUUAUGUUCUGCUGAAAAGUGAAGAGCAUUUUGGAUUCUAAAUUUGUAUGGAGCUUGCCCUCUGACAUGUUUCAAUAUCCUCACUUUUUUCUUUUUUUUUAAACUGGUUUAGCAGGAUACUUGAUCAUUAUUUUCUGUCGGCGUUGUGUUUUGUCGUGCUGAAAAGUGAAAAACGUUUAGGA